AUGAAGGCCUACUGGUACGAUAACAUCCCUGGCGACCAACGUCUUCCCCAUGACUCCGGCCGCACUGUCGAUGCAUCCUACCUCGCCACCAUUGGUGUGCUCUACCGCCAUUGUCCCGCUAUAUCCGCCGUCGACGACUUAGCCAGGGAUCGCGGCUACAAGAACCGCGAUGAAAUCAUCAUAUCACCCGAGAAGAUGGGUGAUGUGUACGAGGACAAAGUAAGGAUGUUCUUCAAUGAGCAUCUGCAUGAGGACGAGGAGAUUCGGUAUAUAGUUGACGGGGAAGGGUUCUUCGAUGUCCGUAGUAAAGAUGACGAGUGGGUGCGCAUCCGAUUGGGGAAAGGCGAUUUGAUUGUGUUGCCGGCGGGCAUUUAUCAUCGGUUUACAACGGAUGAGAAUAAUUAUGUGAAAGCCAUGCGCCUCUUCCAAGACGAGCCAAAAUGGACGCCUCUGAACCGCGCGCCAGAGUUGGAUGCAAACCAGCAUCGCAAAACAUAUGUCGAAUCCCAUAUUUCUUCCUCUACCGCUUAG